AUGGCUAAUCACUUGAUUAAGCCAGUGAUUAUUUCCUUAAUUGUUGUGAUGAGUAUUAAUCAUCAAUUAGUCUAUGCCCAAAAUCCCAAUGGAAUUAGCAUCACCAAUGUGGCAAAUGCAGAGGCAAGGGGAGCAGUUUGUAAUGAUGGAAGUCCAGCAGCUUACUAUUAUGAUCCAGGAUUUGGGGAUGGAGCCAACAGUUGGGUUGUUUUUAUGAAAGGUGGAGGUUGGUGUGGCUCAGAUAGUUUGUGUAGAACAAGACUCGAUCGAUUUAUGGGCAGCAGUGCACAUAAUGAAAAAAUAACGACUUUUGGACAAAUACAUAGCAGAAACGCAACGGAAAAUCCAGAUUUCUACAAUUGGAACAGAGUUAUGGUAGUAUAUUGUGAUAGUUCAUCGUUCAUGGGAACCGUUGAUCACAACAGUUCGACCCCGGGAGCCGUUGAUCAGAACGGUAAAGACAAUCGCAGCAUCUUAGGUAGGGGUGCCCUGAUUUUUGAUGUUGUAAUGGAAGAAUUGCUACAAAAGGGAAUGGCCAAUGCAACCAAUGUUCUAUUUUCCGGUGGCUCGGCCGGUGGAUUGGCGGCCCUCUUGCACUGUGAUGGCUUUCGGGAACUUUUUCCGAGCAGCACUACAGUAAAAUGCGUCGUUGAUUCCGGUUUCUUUAUCCACGCACCAAAACUCCGUGGAGCUGAAAAGAGAGCCAACAUGUUUGCCACAAUUGCUCAAUAUCAUGGAUUUACUGAUAAAUUGCCUCCAUCAUGCACUUCAAAAAGGAAUGCAAGUUUGUGCGUUUUCCCUGAAUAUAUUGUAAGAGAUGUUAAGACACCACUCUUUUUGUUGGAAACCAAAUUCGAUACUUAUCAGAUAGGAAAUCUUUACCUAUCAGAUGACAAAAACACUAUUAUUAAAGCAUGCUCGGAAAAUUUCACUCUUUGCACACCUUCUCAUUUCCAAAUGAUGAGAGAUUAUGGUUCGGCCGUUGUCGAAUUGUUGCAAGAAAUCCGAGACACUUCAUCAAUAGGAAUGUUCGUUCACCCGUGUUUGCGCCAUGGCCACUUCAGUUCGAAUCUUAGAUGGGGUGCAUCGUAUAAGUUGAAAAAUAAAACAAUUGCAGAAGCUGUUGGUGAUUGGUACAACGAUCGGGACUGCACUACAUUUCAAGAAAUCGACACCGAACAUGAAUUUCCUCUAAAUACAGACUGCACAAAACUUCCGAAUAUCAUGUAA